AAAAAAGACAUAAUCCUCUUUCGGUUCGUACGUUGUUUUGUCAGACGUAGGACAAUACAAAAGAUACUUGACGGAUCUAAGAACUACUCUACUUUAACAUUGGGUUUUUACUUCGAUCUUAAAGCAGUUCGGUGUUGGGUAAUUAACUAUUGUCAGAGUGACAUGGCGGAUUCUUAUUGGAGGGUCACCGACGGCCGGAUACAGCCGGCUUCUCUUCCUCCGGUCGCCGGAAAACGCCCUCGGACCGAGUAUGAUGUUUCAAGUCGUCCUGAGAUGCCUGGUUAUUAUGGCCGCAAUGGUGAACAAGGAACACAACAUGCCAUUAGGGAUACGGAUCCUAUUGAGGCAUCCUAUGAACAAUACUUGCGAAGUGGGCAAACUUCCUCCUAUGCUGGUGGUGAAUCUGCGAGAUCCAUGGGUAAUGGAGUAACCAGUCAUCCUAUUGAUGAUCCGCGUGUUAUGGGUAUCAUGGGAUCAGAAGCAGUUGCUGCUAAAAGCAGGACCAUUGGGAUGGGAGGUUUUAGACCAGAAAUUCCUCUUCCUCCUAAUGCUAGCAGUACACUGUUUGUUGAAGGGUUGCCAGCUAAUUGCACCCGAAGAGAGAUGUCACAUAUAUUUCGACCAUUUGUAGGUUACAGAGAAGUUAGACUUGUGAUCAAAGACUCACGACAUCCAGGAGGCCAUCCGUUGGUUCUUUGCUUUGUUGAUUUUGUGAGUCCAGCCCAUGCAGCUACUGCAAUGGAUGCCUUACAAGGUUAUAAAUUCGACGAUCAUGACCGUGAUUCGGUCAACUUAAGGCUUCAAUAUGCUCGCAAUCCUGGUGCUAGGCCAGGUGGUGGGCAUCGCACAAGACGUUAAAUUAUGCGUCUUUACAGGACCAACUUGACUUUGGAGACUACGUACUUAGAUGUUACGCCAGCUUUUGCAGUUUUGUGUACUACACCUCUCUCUGAAAGGGUUUCAUUAGGACCGGCCUUUUCUAUUUGCAUGGGAAGAAAUGGUAGUUGGAUAUUAAUAUUUAGCUUCCCUUUCCGCGUUAAUGUUGGUGUCGGCCUUUGCUGAGGACGGGUUUUGUUAUAAAUCAUCUCCUGAUAGAUGAAGAUGAUUGUUUUAUCUGGCGGUUAGGAUGUUACCAUACUGUUGUAAUGAUAAAUGGGAGGUGCUGCCUACUAAUUUUUAGAGUUGCUUGUUUGAUCAUGUGGUAAAUUGUUCAAAUUCAUCUUCAGAUUUGCUAAACAACUUAUUAUGACAUAGCCAUUAGCCCAUUUCAGGGUUCUAUUUGAUGAGCUAUUGAUUUCUAAUUUGUUUGACGCAGAAAUGCUUAGUGUUGUGUGUCGAUAUUGGAUGCUUGAUAUUCUGGGAUUUAGCCAUUUAGGUAAUGGAAGAAAUUCGCAGGAUUAAGGGAAAAAAAUCUCCUUCCAUUUGGUAAUUUCUGUGUUAGCUUGUCUGCACUUUCCCUUGGCAUAGUUUGUUCUUGGUUUUGGUCAUAUUUUUUGCUCAUGUUAUGCGAUUUCGUAGUAGGUUUAUGACUGUGAAAACGAGGGAUCUUGACUUUUUCAAUCUUGAAUUGUCAUCAAUGCGUAUACUACAACCAUCUUUGCCCCAAUGUUGAACAAUUGUUUAUCUC